AUGCUGGAGUCCCCAGAAGGCCUGAUAAUCCGGCUGGUGGAGAAAGGUGUGCAGCAUGCGAAGACCGACGUCAUUGUCAACUCCAUUCCCUUGGAUCUUGCACUCAACAGAGGACCCCUUUCUCGGGCCUUAUUGGAAAAGGCUGGACCAGGCCUCCAGGAGGAAUUGAAUGAAGCAGGACAAGAGAUCGCUGUCACUGUGGGCACAAUUCUACAAACCAGCGGCUAUAAUCUGAACUGCCGCCUUGUAUUUCAUGUGGUGUUGCCACAGUGGGAAGUCAACAACAGAGCACGGUCCCGCUUCCAAGUGGCCACAGGGGACAUCACCAAAGAAGUGGCAGAUGUGAUUGUCAAUUCAACAUCAAACACAUUUAAUCUCAAAUCAGGAGUGUCCAAAGCAAUUUUGGAAGGUGCAGGACAAAAUGUGGAGGCAGAGUGUUCUCUCUUGGCUCAACAGAACAAGGAGUAUAUAGUUACUGAAGGUGGAUUCUUGAAAUGCAAGAGUAUUAUUCAUGUUAUUGGUGGGAAUAAUGUCAAGAGAUCUGUUUCCUGUGUGUUAGAAGAAACUGAACAACGGAACUACUCAUCCAUUUGCCUACCAGCCAUUGGCACAGCUGAAAUCCCUGCCAACUGGAGUGACAUGAAGCAGAAGAAUUUGCUUGCGGUCAGUCUGCAACCCAGUAAUCCUGAAUACAACAUGGUGGCAAGCAAGUUCAACCAGACCUGCACAAACUUUAUCAUAGAGAAUAUUGAAAGGAUCCAGAAUCGAUCUCUCUGGAGGAAGUACCAGGCAAGCAAAAAAGUUAUGGAUGAAAAGAAUGGCCAUGGAAAAAAUGAGAGCCAGCUCUUCCAUGGGACAGAGGCUAGGUGUAUCCCACACGUCAACAGCAACGGGUUUAACCGCAGCUACGCUGGGAAGAACGCUACGUGCUAUGGGAAGGGAACCUAUUUUGCUGUCAAGGCUUCCUAUUCUGCCAGUGACACAUACUCCAAACCAGAUGCCAAUGGGAAAAAGCACAUGUACUAUGCACGGGUUCUCACUGGGAACUACACAAAGGGAAACUCAUCAUUGAUUGUGCCUCCUUCAAGGGACCCUCAAAAUCCUACUGACUUGUAUGACACUGUCGUAGAUAAUGAUCAAAAUCCAAGUAUAUUUGUAGUGUUUUAUGACAAUCAAGCAUACCCAGAGUAUCUUAUCACGUUUAGGUGUGAUACUUCAGAGUAA